GCAGAUUUUUCCCCGACCACUCGCUCGGCUCCUCGGCGUCCUGUAACGGCCCCGGGCGGUAGCACCGUGGCUGGCGGUGGACGCGGGUGGCGAGGCGUUUGGAGCAGCUGGCUCAGCAUGUGGUGCACGGGCCCAGCCGCAGUGGUGGCCUUUUUUGCCGGGCUUUGGGUCUCUAACCCGGGGCCGGCGCUGGGCCAGGAGGCCGGGGAACGGCCAGGGGCCGACUGUGAAGUAUGUAAAGAAUUCUUGAACCGAUUCUAUAACUCCUUGAUAGCCAGAGGAGUCAACUUUUCCCUGGACACCAUAGAAAAGGAAUUGGUCAGCUUUUGCUUGGAUGUCAAAGGAAAAGAAAACCGCCUGUGCUAUUAUCUAGGUGCAACGAAGGAUGCAGCCACAAAGAUCCUCAAUGAAGUUGCUCGCCCAAUGAGUGUGCAUAUGCCUGCACCAAAGAUUUGCGAGAAGCUCAAGAAGAUGGACAGCCAGAUCUGUGAACUGAAAUAUGAAAAGAAAUUGGACCUGGCGUCAGUGGACCUGUCAAAGAUGAGGGUAGCAGAGCUGAAACAGAUACUGCACAGCUGGGGAGAGGGGUGCAGAGCCUGUGCAGAAAAAACUGACUAUGUGAAUCUCAUCACUGAACUGGCACCCAAGUAUGCAGCAGCCCGCCCCAAAACAGAGCUGUGACCCUCCGAUGCUGAUGUGCCAUCAAGGAGAGACACAGUGACUCCCCAGGAUAUGGACUUGUUGGUUAAGAGUAACUGGGAGUUGCGCUGUAUGUGGUCUCAUACUUUUUGCUUUGGUAACACAACCAACCAAGAAUUGGUUACUUGGAUUUACAAUGAAAACUGCUAAUAUUAGUGGUCUCUUCCAUUUGCAGGGUACCCAAACCUAACAGUGCUUUUCUUAUCAUUUUUGUAAGGAUUAUAUAUAUUGUCUUUGCCCAUUUCCUUAAAAGUGGGAAAUGUGAACUACUGAAAAAUUGAUGGAGUAGUCGAUUCAAAGAAGGAAGACAGUGCUCAGAGGCUGCUCUCUGUGUAUUAAGUUUUAGUUAAAUAUAUUGGUUUAGGAUAAAAGAAACAAAGUUUGGCCUACCUAACUCCCACCUUCAAUCCAAAACAAUAACAUGGCAUAAUCAAAGGUUUUAAAAAGUAAACUUUGUACAUUCAACUGCAAAUCACUCUACGUUCUGGCUCUUUUUGGUAUCUGAUAUGGGAGGGCAGGAGGCAGUAUUUGAAAUUAGGAUUUCCCCAAAGAAGGAAUACCUAUUUAAAACCUGUUUAUACCUACUUAAAGAAAACAGAUCAAGACUCCACUUAAAUAGAGUCAGUGUUUUAGCAAAUUGUAUCAACACUCACACUGGUGACUGAACUAAGCUCAAGGUGUUCUGUAUUCCUUGCUACCACACAUUAGACGAGCUUUUGAUAGAGGAUUAAAGCAUGGUAAAAGCACCUGCAGGCAACAUAGAGCUCUAUGGUUCUUAAUACUAUUUUAUCAGCUUUAAAUUGUAAAAUCAUUCUUGGCUCCAUUUUCUGGCCACAUCAGAGUAAGAACACCCCCUGGGCAAGUGACUGCCUCUGGGGGGAAGGCAGAGGUGGGGAAGGCCUGCAGAGCAGCUCAAGGGAACUUUCUGGGGGGAUUGGAAUGUCGUAUAUCUUGACUGGGGUGGUUGGUGGUUACAUGGUUGGAUAGGGUUGUGAAACUCAUGUAGUAGUACAACUAAAAUCUGGUCUUUUUUUUUUUUGUAUAUACAUUUUAUCUAAAAUACUGCUGUAGAAAAAUUAUUUGAAAAUUAACUGAACUUCGUUAAUUCAAAACAUCUCAUUCGUGUAGAGAAUUGCAUUUACUGACUGGGAGUCCUUUGGGGGAGUGGAGGAGAAAUUUUCCAGACUGAAUGUGUACACUGAAAGUAUAAUUUUCAUGUUUCAAUGCUGUGCAGGUAUAUGAAUUUUCAGUUGGACAGUUGGGAUGUUACCAAACUUGUCAGAGAAUUGGUGGUUAGUAACUUAAAAAUGAGAAUAAAAAAGCUUUGGUGU